AUGCAGAGUGAUCAUCCUUCUGGGACCCCAACGGAGUGGAACGAGGUUUACCAGUCAUCGCUCUCCAAUUCAAGGACCAUCAACCAGACUUCGCUAGCCGAAAAUCCAAGUUUGGGGAAUGUCAAGACAAGCAUAUCAAGAUCUCCGACGUCUGGCGAAGUCACUGGGCCGAGAUCCAUGUUCACAGUGACACAACAGGGAGACAAUAUAUAUCUGGGAAAAGAUCGGAUCUCUCAAUACCUACCCACGCGUGACAAAACAUCGGAACAAACACGUGUAUCUCUUCCAAGCGUACGCAUGACUUUGCAGCUCCAUGCGUUGUACGAUGUGGAACAACGUCAAAGACGAACGAUUUCCAUCCGGACACAUGUAGGAACUGAUAAUUUUGGAAGUGAACACUUAGGUUUCAUCGUACCUAAACUCUCCGCCCCUCAAACUGACCCCCGCUGA